AAUAGUACCUACCUAGUAAACAAAUUUCUCAAGCCGUAGUUCGAUGGAAAAAUAUUGGAAAGUCAAGGAGGCUUAUAAUUAAGUAGGGUUCUGCGAAACACGCACCUUUAUCUGAACUCCGCACUUAAAAUAUUGGGCUCAACGCUCACAGAGCUUACAAGUAGUCAAAAUAAUUAAAAUUAAAAAGUUAAAUCGAUUUGUUACUUUCUGAAACAUAUAUGAAUUCAUUGUAAUUAGUGUUGUAGUGUGUCAGUUUCUACGCUGUUAUAAAUAGAUAGGUACGUCAUAAAUGAUAAGAUCCCAUUUACAGAUACAGAUGAUUUAUUGCUAAACUUUUAUGCCGCAAUAAAGUUGAAUUGAAAUUUUAACAUACCGAAAAUUAUGUAUUCUAUUAUAAUUCGUAGAAAUCCCCUAUUCUUCAUUGCCACAGUACGCCGACCUUAUAUUCUCAUUGGGCAUGCAUUCAAAUGAAUAUAUUAGUCCUUAUCAACACUAUCAGGGGCCAACCGACACUAAACGAGUGGGUGACUAUCGCGCCUCCUGCCACCACGCUGUGUCACUCACUACCCAGCCAUCAACCAACAUCAGUUUAAAAUUAAACAUUGAAUUAUUUUUUUUCAAGCAUAACAAAAAGUGAUGUUCACAAAACGAAGCCAAUUAAAAAGCAACAUUUCAGUCAAAGAUAGUUCAACGUAAACAAACGUCACUGUCAUUAAACGUAAGUCAUAAAUUAAUCACAAUAAACUGUGGAACAUCACCAAAUAUUUUUUGUUUACUUGAUCUAUCGAACGUAUCACAGUGUCUAUCGACCUUGACCUUGGCACAGUCUACCAAGGCUUUGCCAUAAAUUAGUCUACCGAUCUGUGAUCGAAGAUCUAUAUCAAUAAGUAAUCAAUAAGUAUAAAUCAAGUACAAGAUGCAAACGAUAAGUGUGCAGCAACCAAUUAAUCUAAAAGUUGUGAGGUUUGAACUGGAUUUUACUUCACUUGUGGACGACAAUCCGAGGCCGGAUAAGAAACCCAAGAAAAUUAGGAUACCGAAGAUCAACAAUAAAAAGCAAUCUCCGAUACCGACUCCGCCUUUGCUAAAAAACACAUCACAGAAAAGGGGUGUUAAAGACCUCGUAGAAGAUUUGCUCGACGAUCUAUAUGCGCAUCAGCGUGACUGGAGCGGUCAGAGUGGGAUAGAUUAUAGUCAUGGGUCUACGUCAGCGGCGUCGCUCACAUCCUGUCAAUCUAACUGCGGAGAACAGACGGAAGCUAUCGAACGAAGUUAUUUGGAAAAUUUAGACAUAAAUGACCUGUGGGAACAAAAAAUUGAAUGGGAAGAGAGACUUCAAGCAGCAGGAGAACGUCUUGCGAAAUACGUAAAAUAUCGAGAUCGUUUACGCCGACAACAGAAUAAGCUCUGUGCAGCCUUCACCGUCCUACUGCGUCACAUUACGGGCGAGAGUGGUGCUCGUUUCGGCGUGACGCCGGGCGGCGGCGAGGGCCCCGGCGAGGGCGGGUACGCCGAGUGGCUGCAUGCGAUGCGCCUGGUUGCGCGCCUCCCCGCCGGCGUACCGCAACACUUCCGACGAAAGUUAUGGCUGACACUAUCAGACCGCCAUCUGACGGCGAGGAAAAUCGACUGGCCGUCUGCAGAGCGCGGCUGUUUCCGCGGCACCGCACAACCCGAUGACACAGAACUUGGCGCGCAAAUAUUAAAAGAUUUACAUCGCACUGGAUGUUCCCUGUUCUGCGGAACUGAAGGGCGGGAAAAUCAAGCUAUGCUUCGAAGAGUCCUGUUAGCGUACGCAAGAUGGAACAAAGACGUGGGUUACUGUCAAGGUUUCAAUAUGUUGGCUGCUAUCAUACUGGAAGUUAUGGACAAGUCUGAAUCGGAUUCCCUUAAGGUAAUGAUAUACCUGGUGGAGGCCGUUCUUCCCGAGGGUUACUUCGCUGAUGAUCUCCGCGGCCUCUCGGCUGAUAUGGCUGCGUUCAGAGACUUACUCCGACUUCGGCUGCCUCGACUAGCGCAACACAUGGACCAUCUGCAAAGAAUAUCAGACGGUGGCGGUGUUGAACCUCCUUUACCAGAUGUGUUCACUAUGCAAUGGUUCCUAACUCUGUAUGCUACGUGGCUGCCGAGAGAGGUUCUGCUACGGAUUUGGGAUCUUGUGCUCUUGGAUGGAAACGAAGUGCUUCUACUUACUGCGCUAGCCAUUUGGGACAUGCUUCAGGAUCGUAUUCUAUCAGCACGCUCAGCAGAUGAGUUCUACAGCUGCAUGGGUGGAGGUGCGGGCGCAGUGUGGGAGGCGGGUGAUGCGCUGGUCGCACGGGUCGUGGCCUUCGGCUCCGCGCCCGAGUUGCCCCGGCUGCGCAGCCUGCACAGAUACCGUGUAGCGCCGCCAGCACCACCCACUUCUGCACCUAUAUACCACCCACCAUUACAGUCCGCUAUGCAGUCAAUGACGAAACGCGGGCUCCGGUUGUUCUAUUCAGAAGAUGAAGGUGACUCUAGUGAUGAUGGAAGUAAAAUGGCUCUGACGACGGUUUUACCGAGACGAGAGGACCGUCUAGCAGCAGGAGAUAGGCUGUCUUUGGAUAUUGGUGCCUUAAAACGUCAAUAUGCUCGCCUUAGAGAACGUCAGAGACAAGCCCACGUUAUCUUAGCUGCUGCCUGUGCUCGUCAUGCUGCAGUGGGCGUGCCGACUUCACCAACGUCGCUUACAGUCAACAACCUACUUUUGGGAAAAAGUGCAAUAGUCAGUUCCAGAGGUCGUAGGCUAGGUCCACCUCCUGGAGCUGUUCCACCGUCAAGGCAUUCGUCAACUAUGGAUAAGAUGGAAUCCCAAUCACGUGGACGAUUAGACGAUACUAUAAGUUGGAAUGAAGAAAAACACCGCAAGUCACUUAGCCGACGAAAUUCAGUUAAAUGGAAGGAUAUUAAGAAAGAGAAAACGAAGGAAAAAGAAAGGAAACCAUCUAUUGAUUUAGAUGAGACUGGCGAUGGCAUUAUUGUUUCCGAAAUCGAAGCCAAUCAAAUGAUUGCUUCAGUACGUUCUCGUAGUUCUAGUGAAACCUCCUCUUAUUCUUCUCACAGUGAGUCAAGUACAGAUACAAGUUUGUGUGAUGAAAAUGAACGUGGUAGUGAUUCUGACCAAGAUUUACCUGAGGAUGAUAAAGAAAAAAAGAGUAAGAAUAAAAAAUCCGUACACUCCCCAAUUACAAAAACUACCAAAAUGGGUAAUACACUUACCGCGAAAAACGCAAACACAGCUUUAUCGCUUACUCCCGAAAUAGAAGUCAAAAAUAGUCCUAUCGAACAGCCUAUUAAAGAUAUUUCAGAAUACUUAGAUUCAGCUGCUGGGGAACCACUGCGUACAUAUAUAGAUGGAUUCGAAAGUAAACUAAAAGAUAGUCUGAUUUAUAGUAAUGAUAUUACUACUUUUAAACAAACUAGUAAAAUAUUAGAUUCACCACGAUUAACUUCUGAAAGAAACGAAGUAUUGCAACGGCUAAAUAGAACAAUGUAUGAAGAAAACUCUUCAAGUCGAGAUAUGAUUAGGCCUACCAGUUUUACUAAGUCUCCUAAAAAUUUUACUGAACUGAGUCCAAUAGACUUAUCUCCGUGUCACUGUGGUGUUGGUCGUAAAUCACCUUACGACUACGAUUUUGAAACUAACUUUAAGCGACCACCAAUAAUUGAGCCUAUGAGCAGACCCCCAGAUAUAAUCGACAGCUUCACGAUGUAUCCCAAUUUUGUGCCUGAUAUAGAUUUAUCUGAUAAGAAUAUAUCCGAUGUUGAAAGUCCUCCUAGGAGCCCUGGUGCUGAAAGUAUUAUAGUCAGCGAAGACGAACCGCCGAUACCAUUAAAAAUUGAUAAAUACUUUGAACACAGUCCCGAGUUCUUCGGGGCACGAGUGACAGACCCCAAUAGUAUAGAUAUUCCUAAUCGACGGCCGACCAAAAGACUUUCCCGGCUGCCAAAAAAGCCAGACUCACUAACUCUACAAACCAACCAUAACGACAAACUUAUCAAAGAGGAAGCAGAGAGAGCAUCCUCUUUACCACAGAGCUUCACAAAGAAAAUUACCGAAGAUUACAAAGAAAGCGAUGAAGAUUUCAUUGUUCCAAAACAAGUGACGCCUGAAAUCACCACCAAAGAGUUUAAAGAAUCUUUUUCACCAAAGGAUUAUAUACUGCGAACAGGGAGGAAAAAUAGUGAAAGAGCAUUACAAAUAAUUCAGGAAAAUUCCAAAAUAUUAAGUAGAAUAUUAACAAAGCAGAAUAUUGCAGAAGCUAGCAGCCCCCCUAAUAAAUAUCAAGUGACCAAAAGUGAUGAAAACGUGCUUGAAAAACAACGAAGUAUGGAUACAUACUAUAAAACAACUCCUGAAAAAACUGUUGAAAGCACAUUAAUAGACUCACCACUGUUAAAGGAGUCUACUUCUGAUUCAUGGAUUGGUUACAGAAAGAGAAAUAAUAAUCAAGGAACAACUGAAAAUAAUGACUUUGUACGAAUAAGACCUAUUUCGAUAGAUGAUCCCUUUUCCUUAGAAGUUCGUACUGGAUCCUCUAGAGAUGAUGCAUUUUCCAUAAAAAAUACUAAAAGUCCUAGUAGUGAAUGUUUAGGUAAUAAGACCGAUUUAUAUGGAUGGGAAAAUAAAGGCUUUCUGGCCAAGUGUGAUAAAUCAGAAACCUUCGAAUUUGAUUACAAAAGAAAAACUAGUGACUUGUCAAGUUACGGUGAUUUAUCCAAUAAGGAACUCAAGCCGGUUACGCCAGAUUGGGCUCGACAUUCCUUUUCUGGUGAGUCUAAACCAUCAGUUACAUUACCAUCAUCAGAACCACCGAAUGAUAUCUCAACGUACGAAAAGCGUUUUACAUCAGAUGAUUAUAAUUACCCAUUUUCAAGUAAAUACAAUGACUUUGUGCUGUCUAAAGCUAGUGAUAUAUGUAGCAAAACGGUUGAUCAAGGACCGAAGGUGUGCGAAAAUUUGUCUAAGACUGAUACCAGCCAAGUUAGUGACUUUGCUCAUGUUGUGACUUCCUCUAUAAGCUUCACGUAUGAACCAUCCGUAGAGGAUGACUCACUCACCGGAGCAAAAAGUAACUCAAGUGAUACCUUGUGUCAAAUCACGUCCUUAGAUCAAGUAUCUACACCAAUAUCGCCUAAAAUAUUUUCGAGCAAAGAUACGCCUACGAUUCCCAAAGACUACACAGAAAGAAGUGAAAGGACAAAAGUGGAGUCAGACGACACUUGUAGUGCUAUCACUUCGCUAAUAGAAACAGACACUCUGUCCUCUCUGUCUUACCCUCGUAGCCCUUCAACGGGAUCUUUUCACCCAUUUCCAACCCGCCCUGUGCUGCGCAUGCCUAAAGAAUUAGGAGUGAGGUUAGGCAUGUAUCCUAAGGACGUGAUCAGUUCUCCACCAAAAUAAACGUAAUUGAAUAGGUAUACACUAUUUUAAGGUUGUUUUUUCUUGUACAUUCAAGAUUAAUUUUAUGACGUGAAAAUAAUUUUAUAUGAUAUUUUCUGCUUUAAUGAAAAUCUAGAUAAAACUUCACCAGUACGAUUUUUAGAUUUUUAUUGUUUUAUCUAAUUUUGUUUGUUAUACAUAUUAUUUGAUUUUUUUUGUAAUUUAAACCUUAUCUGCUGCUAGUUUCGUACUUUGAUUAACGUUUUGGGUUGAUAAGCUUUAAAGCAGCAAGUUUUGCUCUAUUAAUAUUACAGUUUAGAAAUAUUAUACAUACAUUUGAAAUACAAAAUGUUUCACAAAUAUAAAGUGUAAACGGGAAGUUUACAAAUUAUUAUUAAUAUUGUUAUGAAAUGUGAACCCUUUGGUAUUUCGAAUAGUUAUUUGAGCUAGUAACAAAACAAACACGUUGCCUUGAAUCCAAUUUAAAUGUUAUGCGUAAUAAAUAAUAAUCCUUCGCAAUAUUAAAAUAUUUGUACAAUUAUAAGGUAGAUAGAUUACUGUUUGAAGUCAAUAUAAUUUAUGGCAAUUACUUGUUUAUACUGCUAUAGAAUAAUAUUCUUAUUAUGUAAAUGCAAAAAGAAGAUUAUGUUGUUAGAAGACGAUAUUUUAUUCUACAACAAUAUUGAAGAAAUAUACAUAAUGCGACAGAUGG